ACAUUGUAAUCAUCAUAAUUAUCAUCUUUGGCUCUUCAUCAAGCUAAAACUUUUCAUUAUUUUACCAGUUUCUUUUCAGUUAAAGACAUACAUAAAAACUGUGAUUUACUCAACCCACGAAUCCAAUAAUCAAAAUGUCGGACGGUUUUGUUGGCGAUUACAAUCUUGUUACAAGUGAAAACUUUGACGAUUUCUUGAAAGCUUUAGGUGUUGGUAUGAUCCUUCGUAAAACCGCUGGAGCUCUUAAACCAUCUUUCCAUGUAGCCAAAGACGGUGAAGAUGCUUUCACUUUUAAAUCAGUUUCAACCUUUAAAACAACUGAAAUUAAAUUCAAAUUGGGUGAAGAGUUUGAACAGAAACGAAUGGACGGAGUUUUAUGCAAAUGUGUAAUUACUAAAGAUGGAAAUAAAUUCAUUGAAGAGCAAAAAAGUGACCCACCUGCAAAAAUUGUCCGGGAAUUCAAUGGCGAUGAGCUGAAAAUUGUUUGUACAUGUAAAGAUGCUGUUGCAACCAGGAUUUACAAGAGAGCCACAAA